GCCACUUCCUUCAUCCAGUCAGACUGCACAGCUCCAUUCGUGUCGACUGCCCAGAGUCCACGGAUACAGCCCUGCACCUUUGGCCACCACCGCAAAUUCACCACACAGAUACAACAAAGCAACAUAUCCGCAGACCAGCAGCCACAUUCCAGCAGCCUCUCCUGCCUCUGUUCAGACAUGUCACUCCACAGUUUUGGCCUGGAGCCGCUCUCCUGCCACACCUGGAACAAAGACAGGACCCAGAUUGCAGUGAGUCCGAACAACAAUGUGGUGAACAUCUACGAGAAGAAAGGCAAAGACUGGGUCAAGAUCCAUGAGCUGACUGAGCACAGUGGACGAAUCACAGGCAUUGAUUGGGCCCCAGAGUCCAACCGCAUUGUGACAUGUGCCUCUGACCGCAACGCCUACGUGUGGACUCUGAAGGAUGGUGUGUGGAAGCCCACCCUGGUUCUUGUGCGCAUCAACCGUGCAGCCACCUGUGUGAAGUGGUCACCACUGGAGAACAAGUUCGCCCUGGGCAGUGGAGCUCGCAUCAUCUCUGUCUGCUACUUUGAGAAGGAGAAUGACUGGUGGCUGAGUAAGCACAUUAAGAAGUCUGUUCGCUCCACAGUCCUGAGUCUGGACUGGCAUCCCAAUAACAUCCUACUGGCAGCAGGGUCUGCAGACUUCCACUGCAGGGUUUUCUCAGCCUACAUCAAGGAUAUUGAGGACAAGCCCGGACCUACUGCCUGGGGAGCCAAAAUGCCUUUUGGGGAGAUGCUGAUGGAGCAUAAAGACUGUGGAGGCUGGGUGCACAGCGUCUCCUUCUCCCCCAGCGGAGACCAGCUGGCCUGGGUGGCCCACAACAGCAGCAUCACUGUGGUUGACGCCGCCAAGGGGAAGGAGGUAACCCAGCUGACCACUGACCGUCUGCCACUGCUGAGUGUGCUCUAUGUCAGCCCCACUGAGAUUGUUGCUGCGGGUCAUGACUGUUGCCCCUACCAGUACACCUACAAGGGUCCAGGAGCCCUGGAGUUUGUAAAGAAACUGGACAUCCCCAAGCAGACCUUAAAGAGCAGCAUGUCAGCCAUGCAACACUUCCAAAACCUGGACAAGAGGGCUACUGAGGAAGAUAGCAGCGAGCUUAACACCCUUCACCAGAACAGCAUCACGCAGCUGUGUGUUGUAUCUGGGGAGAAAGCCAAGGUGGAGAAGUACAGCAGUGUGGGUCUGGAUGGAGCCAUGGUGAUCUGGGAUUUUAAGCACUGAGACGCCACAGGUUGUCAGUCCUCGAGGUGUUAGAGGCUGAACCGACCAACACAUCCUCCUAUCAACCUACUCCUCUGUGGAAUGUAACUGCCUGUAAACCCUUGUGCAUAUAUAUUGAAGCACUGAAGUGCUUUUUGAGUAACUGACAAACAAUGUCAGUGCAUGUGCUUUGUCAAUAAAAAAAUCUUUUAAAUAAAUAGAGGAUGUUCACAGGCAUUUAUGUCAUUUUUA